UAUUUUAACAUUGAGUCGACACAAUGUUCAAUGGAGUUGGUCUCACCACGCCAAGAGGCAGUGGUACCAACGGCUAUGUCCAACGGAGUCUCGCCAACCUUCCACCCAUAAGAAUAUCCAAGCAUGAUGACUCACGCCUCCCAGUCAAUAAGCCGAAGUUUAGGGUUAAUUCGGAAAUCGCACAGCAUGAAAAGCUAAGAUCUCUAGAGGUUAAACUGCUAGAGUUGCGAAUACAAAAUGCAGAUAAGAUGUCUGCUGAAGAACUGGAAGCCUUCAUAUCGAAUGAAAGACAGCGAUUAAUGAAACUUCUCGAAAACGAUAUGAUGGGUGCCCAUGUUAAAGACAACCAAAGCAAUAUGCUUGCUGAAAUGAAGUUGAAACAAAACCAAAAGAUGGAAGAUGCCUUGAAAUUACGGCCGAAAGAGAAAAACGUUAAGACGGCAAGGGAACAGCGUAAUUCAGAUCGCAAUACACGAGAGGGAAGGAUUGUAUCAACACAUGAUUUCAAGGAUAGACAUAUUACAUCUCACUCAAAGAGUCGCAGUCGUGACCGUAGUUACCAUCGAAGUUAUGUAAAUAAAGGAAGACGUAAUAAAUCUAGUUCUGUCGACUCUUAUAUGCGUGGUAGGAACAGUCGCCGCCAUAGACGUUCGUACUCACGUGAUUAUAGCGACAGUAGCGGAAGGUCGUCGAGCGACUCUUCGGAAUAUUCAAGGCGUAGUUAUCGGCGAUCUAGCAGCCGUAGCAGUGACUAUUCCCGUAGUUCGUAUUAUGAAACUCCCGAUGCAUCACGUAGUGAGUCAUUCAGGUCCCUAAGUAGAAGGAGGAGUGUCUCUAAAUCACACAGGGAGCAUGCAUCAAGGCAUUAUUCCCAUAGAGUUGAACGUAGGAACACUUCUCGCUACAGAAGAGAAAGGAGACAUUCAAGUGAAUCCUCGGGUAGUAUGGAACGAUCUUACAGUAAAGGCGCUGUUUAUCGCAGAAGAUCAAGGGUGGAUCACAGGAAGCGCCAAUAUGAUGAUAGGAGUAUAUCUAAAGGCGUGAAACGUAAUAUUACACGCAAAGACCGAAAAAUCAGCCGAUCAUCCUCAAGGGAUUAUGACAGUAGCCACACUUAUAACAAUAGGUCACAUUCAUCUAGACGUAGGUCUAGAAGAAGUUACAGAAGCCAUAGUAAUAGCAGGUAUGCUAGCGGUUCACCAAUACGGGGUAGCGGGAGUAAUGACCAUGAAUUUUCACCCGACAUUUCUAAUAGAAGACAUAUUGCACAGGAAACACUGUCUGAUGCAGAUCAUAUGAGCGAUAGUCAACAUACCCAAUCACUAGAGUUGGGCAACGAAGGUUAUAGCACAGACAGUAGCAUGGAACAUAGUGACAACUAACUCGUUAUAAUCGUUUUAUUUCACAGCCUGUAAACCCGCGAUGACAUUUAAGUUGACU